CGCGUGCACCAUCCCUAUAAAACGUUACGAAAAUUAAUUCACUAUAUUUGUAGAACUUGAUCAAAUUGUGGCUUUUAUUAUGGAUUUUGUGACUGCUAUUUCAACGGGAGCUACCAUAGAAUAUGCAACACAAAAGUAUGCGUGCCGUUUCAUUGAGACCGUGGCACUUAAUCCGCAUAACUGGUUGAACCAAGUGUCGCAUCAUUUCGUUGGGCAAUGCUUUGAAGUGGUUGGACUCAACUUUAAUGUCACCGUGGAAGACUUUUCGCGAACAUAUGAUCAUCCAUAUCGGAAUAAUAAUUUAACUUAUUUAUUUUCUGCAGUGCCAUUUGCACUGAAGGGCGUCGAAUCGUUUCUGGAGCAAUUGCCCACGUUGUUAGCAUAUUUCGGUCGUGAGCUUAUAAAGGAUAAGCCAAGCCAUGCAGGUCGACUCCAACGAUUCUACGAGUUGACCCAACCUGUGCCAUGUUACUUGAAAGUGAUAAACGCUUGGACGUUUGUGGUGCGGAGCAUUACCAGUAAUUUACGACAGGAGGACAAUACGAUUGAUAAGUUCCUGAUUGAGCCGCUGGCCAGAUUGUCAUUCAGCAUGCUGCGUGGGCUGGUGAAGCUGUUGCCUGGCUCCAAUGACGCAAUGCUUAAGGUUAUAUGUCUCAGACUCGCUACUCUGGGACGGUAUGGCAUAUUCUUCGUGCAGACUUAUGAUUUUAUAUUGUCACCUAUGCUAGACAUAUUUGAACAGCAUUUUGAGAUCUUUUGCGAAAAAUCAGCUUUACUUUUCGUCUACUGUGCCUUCAGUUGCGAGAUGUCCGACAAGUCCAGUUUUGUACAGUUGUAUAAAUUUCUGGGAAAGAUGUUAAAUAUGUUUGCCGAAGGACAGCAAAGUGAUGCAAAUGGCAAUCUAUACUUGCGGCUAUUCACGAAUGAACUGAUCACCGACAGAUUUCUUGCCAUACAGUUUGCCACUCUUGAGCCCUACAAUAGCAAUGCUGUGCUCAUGGCAACUCUACAAUAUUUGGAGACGCUGCAAUGUCACUUGGCUAGCACUGAGGCGUUUCCCAUUCGCUUUGUAGAACAAAUUUUGUUGGUGGUUCUUAACGGUUCGGCGACGAAAGCUGUCUGUUCCGUGGCUGCGCAGUUGUAUAUAACGCUGUCAAACCGACAAUACAAUAAGCAAGAGAUUGUAGUGCACAUCAUAGAGACAUUCUUGAAGACUCAGCACAACUCACGCAGAUGUGCCUCCUACGAUCAGGGCAUAACCUUAUUAAGGAAUUACUUAAAGGUUUUGAUGGAACACUUUGCUGCACUGCAGCGCUUUGGAUACUACAUAAACGUGAUGUAUUCGAACAAUGUGCGUCAUGAACUGGUUCUCUUUACUGCUCAUAGCAUAUAUGCAGUCUUUGAGUUCUACACCAGUCAAUAUAACAGCAAUGCCUUAGCUCGCCAAGAGGUUCAGAUGCUGCUCAGUCAUUGGCCUCGUCUACUUAAACGAAAUGCACAACGUUCGGUAGCUCGUGCCGUGCUCCUUGGCAUUUAUUGCAUCGUCGACUUUAGGACUUUGGCUGAGGAUAACAUAGAGCUUUUAAAAAGUCUAGAAACGUUUUGCUUGGACAUGUUUUUGACUGAUGAGUCACUGAACGGAGCUGAGUUUGGAUCGCUUUUCACUAACAUUUGCAAAUCAAUAGAGGCGACUGGCAGUACAGAGCUGCUCGUAAUGGCUGCCCAGACAUUGCAGGAUCAAUGCGCGGCGAUUUCAGUGCAAUUGAUUUGCAUGGAAGGGGAUGAAGGGCAAUCAGAAUCAGAGAAUCUGUUGCAGUCUUAUGCUCAGUGCGUACGACGUCUUUGUGCCCUGCUCAAAGAGAACAAGCUGCGGGGUCAUCAGGUGUGUGAUAUGUACGAUAUUCUUGCGAGACAACUGCUUAAUUCUGGCAAACGAAAUGAAUGCUUGGAUCUGUAUGGCUACGAGUGUUUGGCCUUAAUGCUAGCACUGCUUUAUAGUGAACAAGACGAAGUUGAACACUUUGAAUUGCAUAAAGAUAAGGUGCUUCAAAUAGCCAAGCAGCUUCGUGAUGUUUGCGUUAAAAAUUUGCGCAAGGAUUUCAUGAAUUUUUCGCAAAACAAGCCAUGGAUUUGUUGCAUUCUCUUACUUCAGGUAGGACUUCAUUAUUGCUUGCCAUUGGAUGCAGCUAUAUAUGAUUUGCUGAUUAACAAAAUCUCUGAUCAAACAUUGGCUCAAGAGGCGCGUGGUAAUAUGUUAUUCUGCGUCCAAAUACAGGAGAUACACUUUCUCUUUCGCCAACUUCAUAGCAUCUGUCCGAUUCCAUUACCCAGCAAUCGCAUUUGGAAAUCCUUGCUACAGUUUCAAAUGAUUGUAAAAAUUCCAGACCUUAUAAGUCCGGAGCUGGGUGAAUUAAUUCCAAUUCUUAUUAAGCGACACUUUGUCUCCUACGCUCGUUGCUUGCCCAUCAUUAAUCUGCACAUUUGCAACGAGUCCACAAGCAGGAAGCGCGUAAAUCUUGCAUUGGACGCCCACUUUCAACUGGUAGAGCAGCAUGCGAGUGUCAAGGAGGCGUGGCUCCUUAGAUUGUAUGUCUUCAAUGCCUCUCUUGAGAUGUUGGUCAAGAACUUAUCGGCACGACGUUCAGCGAACAAAGUAGUACGUCAACGUAAUCAACUCGUGACGUUGCAGCAUCUGAUUUCCCUGGUGUCCACACUGCGUCUUGAGAAUUCCCAUUUCAUGAAUAUUGGUCGAUUACUGUACAGCCUCAAGUCAAUUGCAGUUGGAGAUCAAAAUAAAGAAGAAUUGGACAAAUUUCUGAUUCAAAUCAGUGCUCAUAAGUAUCGCUGCGAGGAUGCUGAGGCAGAUACUGCCUCCGAAUUAAGGCCAUUGCCGGUCGGGCCUUUAACCAAGUGGGAAGCUGAAGUGUUUAGUCCAACAGUCAUCCAUUCUUGA